UGUAACAAGCAAACGAAACUCAAGAUAAUUUGAUUUGGAUAGAUACGGGAAUAGUUUAAAAAAUAAAUUUAGAAAUUUAAUUUAUCUUAUUUCUUUGAAAAAAAUAUUCUAAAUUUGUAAAUAUGUUUCCUUCUAAACAGAGGUAUGCAUUGAUAUUCAUGCAUUUAUGCAUGUGUAACCACGUUUGGGAAAAACAAGGUAUGGAAACGACUGUCCGGUUAAAUCGUGACCUGGAUUCUGGAGUAUGUUUUAAAUCCGUACUUCAGACAAGUUACUCGGACUGUUUCAGACGUUUUGAAAGUGGUAAAAUUAGCUUCAACGUGAUGGUCUACAGAAGGCACUACCUGCUUUGCAAAUUGUGUUUUGUCUCCAAGACGCUUACGAUAAAAAAGGAGCCUGGGUUUAUACUUGUCCAUUACCCAAUCACAGACACAUCACAAGAAAAUUUGGCAUUUAAAAAACCAACACAACAAAGUUCUAUUUAUUUUGAGUCUAAUGUUGGCAACGCUCCCUCCAGUCUUGCCGUUGAUGGCAUCCGAGCAUCCGACAUGAUAAUAGAUGAUCACUUUGCCUGCGCACAUACAGCUGAUCAGUCAGCUGAGGAGUAUUGGUGGAGAGUAGAUUUGGAACACGUUUACCCAGUUUCAAAGGUUGCCAUCUUGAACAGGAAAGAAGAAUGCUGUUCACACUGUCUCCACAAGCUCAUCAUCACAGUUGGUGAAACCGAAAAUAGUAUGCAUCUGUGUGCUGAAUAUGAGGGCCCUGUAGGGCCAGGAAAGUCUCAGGAUAUCUUUUGUCAGAAACCAAUGUUGGGACGAUUUGUGCGGAUUAGUAAAGCAAUUCAAGAAACUGUAGUACUGUGUGAAGUUGAAGUUUAUCACUAACAUAUUCUAGACUUGUUAACAUGGGGCUUGUGAAGUUGGAAGUUUACCGCUCACAUUUGCAAGACCUGUUAACAUGGGGCUUCUGAAGUGGAGUUUGUUGCUAACAUAUGCUUUAUCUGUUUAAACCGUCAUAAACAUUCAUAAAAACAAAAGCCUAAUUACAUCAAGAGGCCGAGUUGUUAAGGCCACUGAAUAUGAAACGAUGUGGGUUCGAGCCUCGUUAAGGUCGUUUAAUUGAUUAAAGUCGUCCAGAUGACUUACAAAAGAUCGUUGGUUCUAUACAGGUGCCCGCCCUUAAUGAAAUAAUAUAUGGAGUGACACCUGGUGUCUUCCUCCACUAUCAAAAGUUUAAACAACGAGAAAAAAUAUUAAACAGGGCAUGCCACGUUCCACAAACGCAGCCUCCCCAAAACGAAACACAGCACACUGCCAACACCACUCACAUACAAAGCAAACACUAGAGAAUAAAACGCACAAAUAAAGGAAAACAGUGGGGCACCGCCUUGGAACGGUCAGCGGCAAGAUCACCACUGGGGAGCUUAAACUGGUAUAUGGUGCACACCCCCAUCAUGUUCCAAAGUCACAGGACAGUGUAAAUAAAAGUAAUCCUCGCCAGGUGAAUCUCUAACACAAAAUCUUUCUGUUUUUUUUAUGGGCACAGUAUUACCCCCGGUGUCCGUCCGUUAGCAAUUUCGUGUCCGCUGUGUAACUCUUGAACCCCUUGAAGGAUUUCAAAGAAACUUAACACAAAUGUUCACCACACCGAGACAACGUAAAGAGCGUAUGUUUUGGAUGUCUCGCUUCAAAGUCAAGGUCACACUUAGGGGUCUUGUUUUUAUUUGGCAGAUUCCUUUUUUGUUCACUUACAAUAAAUUGUUUUGAAUAACUUCACUUUUAUGUUACUAUAUAUAGCUUAUUUUAAAACUUUUUUUAAUAUUGGCCGUAGGGAAAAACCGAGACCACUUUCUGUGGUACAAUAUGGAUGGUACCUCCAAUUUUUAGGUGUAUUUUGACAUACCUUUACCUGGUAAGGAUUUUUUUGUGGACUUAGAAUUGUUUUUGGAAUUUCUUCCCUUUGUUGUUCCUAUCCUUUUGGCUUCAACACAAUUCUUGCAAUUUCUUCCCUUUGUAGUUCAUGUCCUUUGGGCUACAACAGUUAAGUUUUUUUUUAAAUUUUGCUCCCAUCCUCUGAUGUAACCCGUCGUGCGUAUAUUGCCCCGCUUCGCGGAGCUAUUGUUUUUGUCUUUUUUAACAGUAGCUUUCCAAUCUGCAGAGUUCUUUUUUCUUGAAGCUUUAAGUUUUCUCGUUACUAGAAUUAUUCACAUCUUUUCUCAGAUUGUUAAUUUCUUCCCGGCUGGAAAUUUUGUUUUCAUCUUACAGUUUUACUGUUACUCUGUCCAGUCAUUUCAGAUAUUAUAUGGUUAUCUUUCUGUAUACAAGGUUCCUUACAAUUUUCUUGGUUCUCCUUAUCAUGAUCUUUAUUCUUAUUAUCAUUAUAGUCACUUUCUUUGUCUGAAUCUCAUCGAUAUUGGUUCGAGUUCUACUCGGGGCGUUGAAUUCUUCAUGUGAGGAAGCUAUCCAGCUGGAAAGUCGCCAUAUGACAUAUAAUUGUGUCGAUGCGACAUUAAA